GUCACCUGAUGGGAUUAAGAAAUGUAACAUUAAAACCACAUUUUAAAAAAUGUUGUAGCAAAAUGAUAUUUUACAAGCAUAUUAAAAGGGAACUGUUCAGUUCUUAGAGGGCACUUUGAACGUUCAUAUGAAAAGUCAUUCAUUUAAACAAUAUGAUCUAAUAGCUAAAAUCAAGAAGCAAUAAAUAGUCAAAACUUGAGUGUCUCAAAAACCAUGAAAGAUCAUUCGAUUCCAUCAGAAAGCGUCUAUCACUUGAUCAAGAAAUUAACUUGGACAGUUUAUACUUUAGUUUUGCCUUUCACUGCUUAAAUUAUUAUAUGCACAAUUAUGAAAGAAAGAAAGAAAGACACAAUCUUUUUUCUUUUUUUGCUCAGUCUUUUCCCCCCCAGUCACGUACAUGAGAAAAGUAGCUGCGAUAAACAGAUACUGAAUCAGACUGAAAGUCUUUUAAAAAAAAAACACCCAAAACAUUGCAUGAUAGUCUCUAAGCAGUUCCAUCUGUCAAGCAGAAAUUUUAGGCUAAUAGCCUGUGGCGAUCUCCCUCCACAGUCCACUACCUGCCUUUGUCCUAUUAAAUCUCUUUAUUCUUCUUAAAAAAUAAAAAAGAGGAAAGAAAAACCUUGCAGACCAAAAUCAUCUGAGUGAUGAAGCCCUAAUUUUGACCGCCUCUCUUUGAUGUUGAGCAGUGGGUUCUUAUUUAAAAAAAAAAAAAAAGAGUGAGUGAGAGGGGGGGAGAGAGGGAGAGAGAGAGAGAGAGAGAGAGGAGAAGACAGUGCUAGGAGCAGAUGACUUUUCAUCUCCACUUCACCUUGCCACUGGGUCUGUGAGAGAUUGGUUCAUUGUCAAGGAGAUUUUUUUUUUUUACCCAUGAUUCCAUAUGGUAUGGACCGGGCUACAUGUUGCCCAACAUGCCAGUGCAAAUGUUUUCUCAAUUAGGUGUCUUAUCUCCCGUGAGUUAGCAUCAGAUGAAGCUUGCUGACAGCAUAAUGGCAGGGAAAACCUCCGACGGCUCCAUCAAAUGGCAGCUCUGCUACGACAUCUCGGCCAGAACUUGGUGGAUGGAUGAAUUUCAUCCCUUCAUCGAAGCACUUCUGCCUCACGUCCGAGCGUUUGCGUACACGUGGUUCAACCUGCAAGCCCGAAAAAGAAAAUACUUCAAAAAACAUGAAAAACGCAUGUCUAAAGAGGAAGAGAGAGCCGUGAAGGACGAACUGCUAAGUGAAAAACCCGAGGUAAAGCAAAAAUGGGCAUCCAGACUUCUGGCAAAGCUCCGGAAAGAUAUCAGGCCUGAAUUUCGGGAGGAUUUUGUUCUCACAGUCACAGGAAAAAAGCCUCCGUGUUGCGUUCUUUCCAAUCCAGACCAGAAGGGCAAGAUGAGAAGAAUUGACUGCCUUCGCCAGGCAGAUAAGGUCUGGAGGUUGGACCUUGUUAUGGUGAUUUUAUUUAAAGGUAUUCCGCUCGAAAGUACUGAUGGCGAGCGCCUUGUAAAGUCCCCACAGUGCUCUAACCCCGGGCUGUGCGUACAGCCCCACCAUAUAGGAGUUUCUGUUAAGGAACUCGAUUUAUAUUUGGCAUACUUUGUGCACGCAGCAGAUUCAAGUCAAUCUGAAAGUCCCAGCCAGCCAAGUGAAGCUGAUAUUAAGGACCAGCCAGAAAAUGGACAUUUGGGCUUCCAGGACAGUUUUGUCACAUCAGGUGUUUUCAGUGUGACUGAGCUAGUAAGAGUCUCACAAACACCGAUAGCUGCAGGAACAGGCCCUAAUUUCUCCCUCUCAGAUUUGGAAAGUUCUUCGUACUACAGCAUGAGCCCAGGAGCAAUGAGGAGGUCUUUGCCUAGCACAUCCUCUACCAGCUCCACAAAACGUCUCAAGUCUGUGGAGGAUGAGAUGGACAGCCCUGGUGAGGAGCCGUUCUACACAAGCCAAGGGCGCUCUCCGGGCAGUGGCAGCCAGUCCAGUGGAUGGCAUGAAGUGGAGCCAGGAAGAGGAAACUCACUGGUCAAACCCUUGGACACCAGAAUAGUUGCAUGCAGUUUCCCAGGGAGCCAGAUAGCUCUAAAGCUUCCCAGAUAUCUAAGAAACCCCGAACACCGCGGAGCACUUCAUGGAAUGCCAUCGCCAACUACAUUAAAGAAGUCAGAGAAGUCUGGUUUCAGCAGUCCCUCGCCUUCGCAGACCUCCUCCCUCGGAACGGCUUUCACACAGCACCAUCGACCUGUCAUUACAGGACCCAGAGCAAGUCCACAUGCAACACCAUCGACUCUUCAUUUUCCAACAUCACCCAUUAUUCAACAGCCUGGGCCAUACUUCUCACACCCAGCAAUCCGCUAUCAUCCUCAGGAGACUCUGAAAGAGUUUGUCCAACUUGUCUGCCCCGACGCUGGUCAGCAGGCUGGACAGGUGGGGUUCCUAAAUCCCAAUGGUAGCAGCCAAGGCAAGGUGCACAAUCCAUUCCUUCCUACCCCAAUGUUGCCACCACCACCUCCGCCACCAAUGGCUAGGCCUGUGCCUCUGCCAGUGCCAGACACAAAACCUCCAACCACAUCAACAGAAGGAGGGGCCACCUCUCCCACUUCUCCAACCUACUCGACACCCAGCACCUCCCCCGCAAACCGAUUCGUCAGUGUUGGACCACGGGAUCCAAGCUUUGUAAAUAUCCCUCAACAGACUCAGUCCUGGUACCUGGGAUAAAAGUCUCCGCUUCCCACCACGCACCGGACAGACCACCAGACCCCUUCCCACCUCUGUAACACGGAAGCAGCAGCAACGCAGCGCAGCGACUUCACAUCGGCGGAAGGGGAGGCGAGCAGACACCGACAGCAAACUCGUACAUGGAAAUGGCAAACGUUAUGGUUGAAUGGCAAAGGCCGUAACUUUCUCUCGAGAUUUGAUUUUAAUUUUUCUUUUUUUUUUUUAAUUUUUUUUUUUGUUUUUUUUAGACAACUUUAGGACUGUUGUAAUUUCUCAUAUGGUGCUGGAAAUGGUUGGGCUUCAUAACUUUUGAAGUGUUUCAUUGGUAGUGUAAGCGUUAGGUGACACUGAGUAGAACUAGCCUCUGCUGCUGCUUACCAACUCGCUGUUGUAACACACUUUCCAUAUGGAGCCUAACUGUUUUACAGUAUCCUCAUCGGAUUUUCCCAUACAGGUGUGAGACUUCUUGAGAAAUCAUGAAACACACUUAAACUAUAACUUUUGUAGUAGCUGAAUUCUGCAAUAUAUAACUUACCGGACAGACAUAGAGCAUGUUUUUUUUUUUUUUUCUGUAACAUAUCGGGGAAAAAAAAAA